CGCCCGGCCCGGCCGCGGGACCCCCCGAGCCCCGGCACCCCCCGGAACCCCCGCGCGAACCGGCCCCGGACCCCCCCCGCCCCUCCCCGGGCGCCCGGCGGGGCGGGCGGAGCGGCCGGAGGGCGGUUCCAGGCGGCGGCUCGCCAUGGCCCUGCCCCGCACGCUGGGGGAGCUGCAGCUGUACCGGGUGCUGCAACGUGCCAACCUGCUGGGCUACUACGAGACCUUCAUCCAGCAAGGGGGGGACGACGUGCAGCAGCUCUGCGAGGCGGGCGAGGAGGAGUUCCUGGAGAUCAUGGCGCUGGUGGGCAUGGCCACCAAGCCCCUCCACGUCCGCCGCCUCCAGAAGGCCCUGCGUGAGUGGGCCUCCAACCCGGGGCUCUUCAGCCAGCCCGUCUCGGCCGUGCCCGUCAGCAGCAUCCCGCUCUUCAAGCUCUCCGAGGCCGGCGGGCGCAAGGCCCUCAGCAAUGGCCACGCCAGCCCCGGCGAGGCCGCGGGCAAGGGCGGCGGCAGCGCCGGGACGCCCCCGGCCCGCAGCCCCACGGAGCCGGGGGAGAAGCUGUCGCCGUCCGCGGCUCCGCAGUGGCCAGGGAGGAGCACCCCCGAGUCGGAGGGCGGCGGGGAUGAGGAGCCGGGGGGUCCCCCCUUCUCCCCGGGCGGGAGCGGCGGGGAGCAGGCGGCGGGCGCGGAGCUGGAGCCGGAGCUGGUGCGGACGGUGGCCGAGAGCGUGGAGCGGCUGCUGCAGAGCUGCCCCCGGGGCGGCGGCGACGCCGAGCUGCGGACGCUGAUGAAGGUCAACAAGAAGCUGGCCAAGGCCGUGGGGCACAUCUUCCAGCUGGAGGACGGCGACCGGCAAAAGGAGGAGGAGAUCCGCCGGCACAGCGCGAUCUACGGCCGCGGCGAGGCCCGGCGCCGCGAGGGCAAGCAGCUCACCCUGCACGAGCUCAUCAUCAACGAGGCGGCCGCCCAGUUCUGCCUGCGGGACAACUCGCUGCUGCUGAAGCGCGUCGAGCUCUUCUCGCUCUCGCGGCAGGUCGCGCGGGAGAGCACCUACCUGUCCUCGCUCAAGGUCGCCAGGGCGCUCCCCGAGGAGAGCGGAGCCGUCACAGCGAAGCGGCUCAAGCAGGAGGCGGGAGAGCAGAGCCGGCCCGAGCUGCUGGCGCUGCCCGUGGGGCUGGAGCCCCCCGGGGUCGUGUACCGAGCCAGCCUGGAGGAGGACACGGGCAGCCUCUCCGGGGAGAGCCUCGAUGGCCACUUGCAGGCGGCGGGGGCCUGUCCCCGGCUGACCCCCCCGCCCGGCACGGCCCCCGACGUGCCCCUGGGCCUGGCCCCCCACGGGCUCUGGAGCCGCCACAUCCUGCAGCAGACGCUGAUGGACGAGGGGCUGCGCCUGGCCCGGCUGGUCUCGCACGAGCGCGUGGGGCGGCUCAGCCCCUGCCUGCCGGGGAAGCCCCCGGCACCAGAGUUCGAGGACGGGCUGGCGGAACGGGGUCCUCCGGCCCCCCCCGAGCCCCCUCGGGGCACCAUCAAGGUGGAGCAGGAGACCAGCCGGCAGUGAGGCCCCCGUAGCCCCCCCGCCACCAUUAACGAAGCAAUAACGUGCUGGGGGACGGGUGCUGGCGGUGCUCCGGGCGCGGGGAGCCUGGGGUAGGGGGGGCUCAGCCGCAGCCCCCCCGGGCCCCCUCCCCUCCCACACCCACGCUCUGGUUACCUCAGCCGCGGCGGGAUGCGCCUCCCCGCAGCAGCAAUACCCUCAUCCCGCCCGGCUCCGGGCCCCCGCCACCCCCCCGGGCCCUCGAUGGACUGGAGCCCCCUGUACAGCCCCCCCCUCGUGCUGACCGUCCUCCCACCCCCCCCCGGCCCCGUCACCGCGCGGGGACAGACGCGUCCCCCCCCCGGCACACGCACCGCACCGCGCGCUCCCGCGUCAGCGCUGCCGCCCACGCCGGGCACACGGGCCCCCCGCGCACCCCCCCGCAGCGCCCACGCACCAGCCGCCGGCCCCCUCCCCGCAGCACGUGCCAGCGCACCGUGCACCCCCCCUGCGACCCCCCCCCAGCCCCGCACCGGCUGUAAAUACCCGCACGCGCCCCCCGCCCCCCGAUACCUGCGUGUGCUCCAUGCAUGGUCCCUGUGCCGCGGGGUGUCACACGUGCCGGGGGGUGUCACCCCCUCCCAGCACGACGCAGGCGGCGUUUGACGGGCACUGGGGAGGUGCUGCCCACCCCCCACCCACCCCCAUCAGCCCCUCGGGGUCGCUCCUGACCCGCCCCUCCCCAUUCCCAUAAGCCGUGCCCAGCCCCGGGGUCCCUCCCUCCCCUUAGGACUGUGUGGUGUCUUUUUAGAGCAUUAGCGACUCUUCCUUUGUACCGUGUACAGUAGAUUAUUUAUUUUGUUAUUUUGGAAUAAAACUUUAUUUUAUGGCUUA